AUGGCUUUAACUUCUUGGAAAACGUUCGAUUUCUUCGAGGUCAGCCAAGUUAAACCGCCAGAUGAUGAGAGUAAAUCUAUCUUCGAGAACAAUGAAAUUAGCUGCGUAUGCUCCGGUUCUGAGAAUAUCUUCGUUGGAAGUUAUGAUGGCACUGAAGAUUUAUCACACGAACCGGUUCUGAAAGUAUGGGCAUUGGACAAACCUGUGAAGAAGACUGGUUUACCAACAUGUCAAUCGACCUUAAUAUCUGCGUUUACCGCAAUGGAUGAUCUUUCACAAUUGGCCGUUGGAUUUGGGAAUGGAGCAGUGACCGUAAUAAGGGGAGAUUUGAUCCAUGAUAGGGGAGCUAAGCAAAGAACAGUACAUGAAUCCGAAGAACCGAUUACUGGACUCGCAUUUCGCGAAGAAGAGCGACUCAUUAAUUUGUACAUCGCCACAACUUCACGACUUGUGAAGCUUGUGAUAUCAGGAAGAGCUGGUCAAUCAGCUAGACCUGUUGAAGAUUCUGGAUGUGGUAUACAUCGUUAUCAUGAGAAACCAUUACAACAGAGACUUGAGACUCUGUACCAAAGGAAUCUUUACGUUCACGCAAUCAAUUUGGCUCAAAAGGCUGGUAUGGAUUCCAAGCAGCAAAAUAUAAUUUUUCGAAAAUCAGGAGACUUUUUAUAUCAAAAGGGGGACUAUGAUGGUGCCAUGCAACAAUAUCUAAAGGCAAUUGAUAGUACGGAGCCAUCACAGGUUAUUCGAAAAUACCUUGAUACUCAACGUAUCCACAAUUUGAUCGAAUAUCUCGAGGAGCUUCAUGAACAUCACAAAGCAACAGCUGAUCAUACUACUUUAUUGUUGAACUGUUACGCUAAAUUAAAAGAUAUUGAUAAACUGGAGAAGUUCAUCAAAUCUCCAGGCGAUCUUAAAUUUGACCUUGACACCGCUAUUACCAUGUGCAGACAAGGUGGUUACUAUGAACAAGCCGCAUACCUUGCAACCAAGCAUGGUGAACAUGAGCCAAUGAAAGACGUUGUUAUAACAUCAGAAGCACCGGUACAACAUGCUGGAUAUGCUGCUGGUGCCGCAGGUGUUGCCGUCAAUGCUGUUGCGAAUAUGAGAGAUUUAAUCCCACUUCCUUUUAUGAAUACGUCUACUAUCACUUCACCCGCAACAAUAGGCAAUGUUAAUUCUAUACCAGCUGAUGGUCAGGUGCUUGAAGUUGUCGAGCCACCACCACCAGCUUACAGUCCACCACAACCAAGGACUGCCUUUUCUUCUUUCGUGGAUCAUCCUGAGGAAUUCAUUGUAUUCUUAGAGGCAUGUCUUAAAGAUCCGGGUUUGAAGGAACGUGAUAAGAUUGACCUUUACACAACUCUAUUUGAGAUGUACCUGCAUAAAUCAAAUCAAAAGAAUGGACGCAAUCGAGAAGAAUGGGAAAGUAAAGCAAAGAAACUUAUUGAGGGUGAAGAUAUCCCAAUUGACAUUUCGAAUGUACUUUUACUUUCCCAUCUCUCUGAUUUUAAGGAUGGUACCACUCUCGUUCGUGAACAAGCUGGUUUACGUUUCGAUAUUUUUCGAUCAUACACUGCUGCAAAGGACACUGCUGGUGCAAUUAAAGCUUUACGCAAAUAUGGUCCUGAAGAGCCACAAUUAUAUCCAGCAGCUCUAGCAUAUUUUACAUCAGAUCCAAGAAUUCUGGAAGAAGCAGGAGAUGAAUUGGAUGCAGUAUUAGAAAAGAUUGAUACUGAUGGACUCAUGGCUCCACUGCAAGUGAUUCAAACCCUCAGCACUAAUGCAGUAGCUACCAUGGGUAUGAUCAAAACCUACCUUCAACAAACAAUUCAACGCGAACGCAAAGAAAUUGCCACCAAUCGUCGCGUCAUCAAUUCUUAUCGCACAGACACUCAAACUAAACGACAAGAAAUCGCUGAACUCUCCACCAAACCUCAAACCUUUAAUGCAACUCGCUGUUCUUUUUGUGGUAUGCAAUUAGAUCUUCCCACAGUUCAUUUCUUGUGUAAGCAUAGUUUCCAUCAAAGAUGUCUAAAGAAUGAUGAUGAAGGCAACGUGGAAGGAGAUUGUCCAACGUGUAAAAAGGAAAAUGAUACAAUCAAAGCUAUUAGGAGAGGACAGGAUGAGACUGCAGAAAGACACGAUUUGUUUUUGGAUAUGCUGGGGAGGAGUAGGGAUAAAUUUGGGACAGUAGCGGAGUUUUUUGGAAGGGGUGUUAUGGAGGUUCCGGGUGUGGAAUGA